GAGGAGGCAAGAAAUCAUGAAACAAAUAGGAAGAUACAUUGACAAAGAUCGAUCUGGUUACAUUACUCUCCGGCCUGAGGAGGAUGAGGACAUGUGGCAUCUCUACAACCUCAUACAAGAAGGUGAUGAAGUCCGUGCGCCUGCCAUACGGCGUGUACAGACAGAAACGGCAACAGGAUCUACUAGUUCGCACCGGGUAAAAACAACAUUGACGCUAUCCGUGCAGAAGAUGCACUUCUCUGCGGCGGUCUCGUCGUCUACUAACAAUGCAUCUGGUGGAUCCGAAACUGCAUCUCCUUCACAGGGAGCUUCGCUUUCCAUAACUGGGCAAGUCACACAGGAGAAUCCUUUCGUCAAAAUGGGUGCAUACCACACCCUUGACCUCGAAGUCAACAGAGACGUGCGUAUUGUGAAGACUGAAUGGGACAGUGUUGCCUUAUCAAGGGCUGCGGAAGCGUGUGACGAGGGAAAGGGCGCUGAGGUAGGCGCGAUUGUAUGUGGUGAAGGCACCGCGGCUGUUUGUCUGUUGUCUGAGCAUAUGACCGUGAUUCGCCAGCGAGUUGAAGUGCCCGUUCCUCGUAAACGGACGGGAUCGACAACUCUUCAUGAUAAGGGUCUUACUCGCUUUUACGAGACGUUAUAUCAAUCUUUCCUACGACAUAUCCCUUAUUCGUCGCUUCGUGCGGUCGUAAUUGCCAGUCCGGGCUUCGUCAAAGACGCUGUUUAUGACUAUAUAUUCGCAGAAGCAAUCAAAGCAAACAACAAGGCUUUACUGCAGUCAAAGAACAAGUUCCUAAGGGUCCAUGUCAGUAGUCCGCACGUCCACAGUUUAAUGGAAGUAAUGAAAAGUCCCGAGGUCAUUAGCCAGCUAAAGGAGACGAAAUUUGCACGAGAGGGGAUAAUGCUCGAUAAAUUUCAUAAAAUGCUAGGCAGCGAUGAAAUGCGGGCGUGGUAUGGUCCUGAUCAUGUGGCUCUUGCCGCAGACAGAGGGGCCAUUGGCACACUACUUAUCUCCGAUGAGCUAUUCCGUGCAAGCGACCCCGUGUUGCGCAAGAAGUAUGUCGAACUCGUGGAAAACGUGCGGCAGAAAGGCGCGGAAGUCCUAAUUUUUUCAAGUAUGCAUGAAUCGGGACAACAAUUGAACCAGUUGACUGGGAUUGCGGCUAUCUUAACGUUUCCCCUUGAUGUCGAAAUCGUGGAGGCGGAAGAACGGGCCGAAAAGGAAGAAGCAGAAGGACAAACCACAGAACAAAGGGAAGAAGGGGAAACGCAAAGCUAAAUGUAUCAAAGAUCUAAGCCUCACACACACACUGCGAGGGGACAUGCCCUGUUUCCAUAAUGUAUCCAAUUCAAUACAGGAUUGCUACUA